AACACACCCAGGCAGCCUCUCCACUCGAGGUUUGCAGCAGCAGAAGCCGGACGGGGCUAGGAAAGGGAGGUGCUUGAAGAGUGAGCUGUGGCCCGGAGCAGCCCUGGGACUGUUUGGAAGCCUGACUUUAUAGCAUCGAGCCUCAGAGUUCCUGCUAUGAAGGAGUGUGCUCAUUUACUGGGAGCUCUGUGGCAACGGAAGAUAUCAUGGUAACAAUGAAUCGAGUCAAGAAACAACUCAUACUCAAAGGAAUUUCUUCACAUGAGAUUUUAAGAUGAAGGGGAAAGUCGGGGACCCGCUGCCAAGUGAGAGGCCAAAGCAGGAGGGGUAUAUCUGGGGCUCAAUGAGGAGGACAGCCUUCAUCCUGGGCUCUGGUCUGCUGAUGUUUGUGGCUUUUUGGAACUCUGUGACCUGGCAUCUACAAAAAUUCUGGGGUGCCUCUGGACACUUCUGGCAAGCCCAGUGGGAGAAGCUUCUUUCUACUUUUGCGGAAAAGGAGUGGAUUCUCUUCUAUCUAGGUGUAGCCCUUAUUCCUUCCAUACUGUUUUGGAGUUUUAAUGCCCUUCUUCUGGUGGUGGACACAACUGGGAAGCCACAUUUUAUCUCCCGGUACCGAAUUCAAGAUGGCAAGAAUGAUCCUGUGGACCCGACGAAACUCCGCCAGGCCCUCAGGACAGUCAUCUUCAACCAAUAUGUUGUCUCCUUCCUCAUGCUGGUGGUGUUCUACCCCAUCUUCAAGUGGCGAGGAGAUCCUUGCCGCCCCGAGCUGCCCACCUUUCACUGGUUCCUCCUAGAGCUGUCUGUCUUCACACUAAUAGAAGAAGUCCUGUUCUACUACUCACACCGGCUCCUUCAUCACUCCAUAUUCUAUAAGCGAUUCCAUAAGAAACACCAUGAGUGGACAGCCCCCAUCGGUGUGGUCUCUCUCUAUGCUCAUCCUGUGGAGCAUGUGGUCUCCAACAUGAUUCCAGUCACGUUAGGUCCCAUGGUAAUGGGCUCUCACCUGUCCUCCAUCACCAUGUGGUUUUCCUUGGCUCUCAUCGUCACCACCAUUUCUCACUGUGGCUACCAUCUGCCUUUUCUGCCUUCACCAGAAUUCCAUGACUACCAUCACCUCAAAUUCAACCAGUGCUACGGAGUGCUGGGGGUACUUGACCAUCUGCAUGGGACCGAUACCACAUUCAAGCAAACGAAGGCCUAUGAAAGACACGUGCUGCUCCUGAGCCUUACUCCCCUCUCUGAGAGCAUCCCCGACCCGCCCAAGAAGAUAGAGUGAGAUGGCAUGGGCCACUGGCCCCCAACCCCGCUGCUCCUGGCAGGGGGCCAGCCCCAUUAGACCUAGGAUGUCUCCCUUGAUGAACCAGAGCUGAUAAUUCUGCCAAAUGACUUUCUAAUGAGACAGGUAGAUUCCCCAAUGACUGGCCAAUUGUGACGGGGGUGGGAGGGAAGAAACAUGGUUUGUUAGAGAAGAAGCAAGAGAAAGGAGCUGGGCAGCACCAACCCCAAUCCUCUUCCUAGAGCUAUGCCACAGCGAACAUCCUCCGACAGCCACAACAUGGGGGGGGGGUGUAAGGUACUAUCACGUAGGAGGAAUACUAGAGCCUGGAGAGCAAGAAGGCCAGGCGUCAGGCUCUCAACCCUAUGGAUGGGGUUUGGACAGAACGUUUAUAGAUCAUCAGGAAAGUGGAUUGUUAGAGGACUAUAGGCCAUGCUGGAUUAAGACUGGUUGAAGGAAAUAGGGAUGUUGAGUCCAGAGGAGAGGCAGCUUGAGGAAAGAGGUCAUAAUUGUAUUUUAAGGGUCGUCAUGUGGAAGAGUGAUUAGAUUUGUUGAGCUAGAAUUAGAAGCAAUGGAUGGAAGAUGCAAAGAGGCAGAUUCAGACUUAAUGGAACAAUUAGAGCUCUCCCAAAAUGGAAUGAGCUGCCUUAGAAGCUAGUGAGUUCCCCAGGUCUGAAGUCUUCAAGUGUAGGCUGGAUAACUCCCUGGAGAGUGACAUCUGCUCAGAUAUGGCCUGGAUGCCCUCUUGUUCCCAUCAGAUUCUGUCUAAGAGUGAAGAUGAGGAGGGAGAAGACUCUAAUCUAGGAAAUCUUGUUAAUCUGACAGUCUCCAGCAAGACUGGCUUAUUGUAGGGUUACUCUUAGCCGCCAGAAACUGCCAUGGGAAGCCUCCAUCCAGUGGUAUGAUAGAAGACAGAUGGGAGAGAAGGAAUGGGGGGAGUGAGAUGGCCACCAUGCUUUCUUGUUCUCCAGGUUCUAAGUCAGGGAAGUGACUUGUAUUAUCCCAGCUGACCUGAGAAGACAGGUACAUGGGAUUUAGAGAACAGACUUUAGUCAAAUCCCCAUAUUUUAUUAAAGAAACUGAGGCUCAGAGAUAAUUAUUUGCCCAAGGUCACAGUUUAAGUAAAUAGAGAGCUAGAACACCAAGAUUGGACACCAAGAGAUCAGGUUCCUGUCAAAGAUGGUCCAACUUUUUCCCAAUCUACUGUCAAUGAUAGCCUCUCCAGAGAACAAGACCUCUAGCUCAGCUCCUGAGCACAUCUCAAAACUGUGACCUAAAUGUAUAUGUGACCUAAGAUAGCAAAGAAGCCAGGAUAAACACCAGCACCAAGCCCUGGCUACUCAGCCAAGUAAGAGAAGAGACUCCAAAGGUGCCCUGAUCAUAAUGCCCCUGCCCAUACUUUUAAGGGGAUAGUAUCCAAAGAGUUUAGUCCUUGGGGUCAGGGCCCUAGAUGCUAUGUUCUCAAUUUCCUCUCAGUUCCUGGAGGCAGAUAUCACUGAGUACCUAGGACAGGGAGUAAAUAGUUGAAAUCCUAAGUAGAAAUUCCUAUCCCAUCCCCAGUCCAUAUACAGACCCUAAAGAAACCAAAAAAAGGGUGCAUCCCCAGAGCAUCCUGCAAUUGCUGAAGUAAACUUAAAACAGCAACCAGCUUUACAACUAGCUUUCUGCCUCUCAUCCUUUAUCUGGUUUUAUAGCAAGGUGAACCUAUAGAAUGGCAAGAUUGAGUAGGAAGGGCCCUUAGAGAUUAUUUAGCUCAAUUUUCUCAUUUUACAGAUAAGGAAACUGAGACCCAGAAAAAAUGGCUUGUCCAAGGUCACAAGAGUGGUAAUUUGCAAAGCUGGUAUAUGAACCCAGGUUCUCUAACUCCAAAUCCAGGGAUGGUUCUGCUGUUACCACGCUGUCUCAAAUUUCAAAGUUCAUUCUCAAAAGAAUCUCAAAGUUCAUUCCCUUUUCUACCUUCCCACUCUCCAGAACAUGAUACACCCCAUGCUUAUCAUGGCCAGAGAAGAUUCUCUUCUGCUAUCUCCUAAGGAUCCCUUCCAAGAUUAUCUCAGAGUACCCAGGCGAAAAGCUGGGUCACUUGCAUUUAGUCUCAGAGUACGACUCUGAGCUUUAGACCAUUGUUGUGUCCCCUGUAAUCCAUGUCUGCAAAUAAAAAAACAAAACCCAACAAAA